AUGUACAAAGAUUGUGUGCCGUUUGUCUCACAAUACUCCGACUGCUCUAUCGAAAACAUAUGCCUCGGCUGCACAGUCUGCCUCUGUGACAUGGUGGGCAGGUGGAACUGCAGCCAAGGGCAGAAGUGUAGACCUGAUCCUCAACUGGAGGUGGACCAUCUUAUCCUGGUUACUGCUAUGGAUAAUCUGUUGGAAGAAGAUAAAGCAUUAGGAGCAAGAAGAAAAAGGUCUUCGGACUUUGAAGGAAAUUUAAAAAGUUACGAAGAUCUUUCAAAAUGGAUGUAUGGGAUAAGUCCGUUUGAUUUUGAGGAUAUAAUCAAUCAAACAAAAUACAUCAAAAUGGAUGAAACAACAAAUCACACAAAUGAAAAUGAGUCCCAGAUAUUUAACUUUGAACAAUUUUUAAUAGACGUUGGUUAUUAUUUUCACAUGCAUAAACAAGGGAAUGACACUUUAAAAGAAAAAAUAAGCAAAACAGCUACUGGUAAUACGCAGGAAAAUAUUCUGAAAGACGUUUUAAUUUUACGUGGAUUUGCUGAAAGACGACGAAUGUCUUUGAUAAAAGAUAGUAAAAGUGAAAAGAAAGUCAUGGAAAAUUUAAUAAAAAUACACAGCGACAUUAGACGAAUAACCGAAAUGGCAAACGAACCCAAAAGGAAUAUUCCUGGUCCAAAACGUAGGAAGAGUAAACACGGAUUUCUUCAAAAAGUGAAAAGGUUGUUGAAGAAAUCUAAGCAAGGUAUUCGUGGAAUUUUAAAGAAGAAUAAGGCCACACCAGAUAUGAUCAAGAAAAUUGCUAAGAAACGCCUCCAUGAUAUGACAAAGAAAAAGCUUUCAAAGUAUGAAGACACAAUGUAUAGAUGGCAGGACAAUUUAAAUAUUGUACCAAGAAUCAAAAGGUCUGCGAAUGAAUUCCAAAACUUUAUGAAUCGUGUUAAGCAUAUAAUACCAGGAUACCUACACAGAAAGGUAAAGCCCGCUGUAGAUUCCAAGAAAAGGAAUAAAAAUGUUAACAGAAAUGUAACACGACGUGUAAAAAAGCAUCGUACUGACAUGACUUGA